AUGGCACAGAAGGAGACGAAUCGCAACGAGCUCAAGGCAGCCAUCCCCGAAUCCUGCUUCCAGCCUUCGUUGCUUGAGUCGGGGGCGUAUCUGGGUCGUGAUCUUGCAUACACCGCCGCCCUCGUGUCAAUGAUGCAAUCGGCUGGGCCGUACAUUCCAUCCUCCUCGUGCCUUACUUCUCCUGGAGUCAUCCACGGGGCAAUGCUCCUGCGCGACCGACCAUACGACACGAUGACAGUGGAAGAAUUCCACCAAGCCUUCGAGAGCAAGGUCCACGGGGCAUGGAGUCUGCACAACGUUGUCAUGGAGAAGCGGCUACCUCUUGACUUCUUCCUCUGCCUUUCCAGUAUCUCCAGCAUCGUGGGCAGCAAAGGCCAAGCCAACUAUGCAGCAGCGAACAGCUUCCUCGACUCGUUCAGCGCAUACCGUCGCCAGCUUGGCGAACGCUGCGUGACGGUCGCACUAGGCGUGGUGGAAGAUGUAGGCGCGAUAGCCGAAUCAGAAGCUCUCUCGCGCCGUCAUUCCGGGUCAAUCGAGACCAUUGGGAUUUCGGAGAGGGCGUUGCACGAUAUCAUCGACUGCGCACUGCAGUACUCGCAUGACCCUGAUUCAGUAGGCCACCUCAUCACGGGACUGAAAGUGCCGCAGGACCCCCAGCGAUCCGGACUCCGCUUCGAACCGCGGUUCUGCCGACUUUUCGUGGCAGAUAACGUACCAGAUGAAGUCCGAAAGGAAGAUCCGCUGACAAUUGCCCUGUGGAAUUUCAAGGAUCUUUUGACAUCUAAAACAACACAGGGCAUGCUGGAGACCUGCUUGGAUGUUCUAAGUCUGCAGCUGGCGCAGAUGCUCCGGUGGAAUGAGCAAGCCAUCGAACCAGGGCAGCCACUCUCGGUCUACGGCCUGGACUUGCUGGCGGCCGUGGAGCUGCGCAAUUGGAUCAUGGCGGAGAUGGGGGCUCAUGUGAGUAAGAGGGAUAUUGUGGAGGCGGAGAGUUUGAUUGCGUUGGGGGAGAGGGUGGUGUCGGCGAUGAUAGAAUCACCACACCCUGAUGUCUGA